AUAAAUAAAAAUUUGACGCGAGUUGAGUUUAAAUUUUUGGCAACAAAAAAAAUACGUAAAACGUAAAUUAUAAAUAUGGCUUAUGGUGGAAAUGGUGGCCACGCUGGCGGCGGCGGCGGCAUGGCCGAGUUCGGCUGGGAUUACAUGGGCGGCGGUGGCGGCGCGCCCAACAUGUAUCCGCAAAUGGGACAAGUGAAUCCUUCCUCGUUUGGCGGCGGUCAGCAGUGGCUGCAUUCGAAUCAGAAUCAUGGCGGCAACUAUGCAUCGUCUAUGCCACAAGGUCAGGCCUCGCCCGCGCCCUUCGAGGACUACAAUCAGUCCAUGAUGCGUCAGUUUGCCAUGCCCAAAUCUGAAGGCAAAGCAAAUAUGUACAAUAUGCAGGGUGCGCAGCAAGACAAUAGCAUGGGCAUGAGUCCCAUGGGUGGCUUUGGCGGCUAUCCUAGCAGCAUGUCCCGCAAUGGUUUGGGCACACCUGGAGCUGGCGGCGGCAUGGGCGGCGGCAUGGGCGCCGGCAUGGGCGCUGGCAUGGGUGGUGCAGCCAACAGCGGCUACAGCAGUAGCUGGUGAUCUCUCUCUCUCUCUCUCACUGGUUAUAAAAAAAAAUAUUACACAUAUUUGCGCGCACUACAAAAAUUCUGAAUUGAUAUAUUUUUAUAUUUUAUAUCUUGUUUUGGCAUAUGGAAAUUGUUGUUCGAGCUGCUACAAAUAUUUAUAUAAAUGCAUAAUAUAAUAAUAGCCAAAAAUAA